CCAGACUCUCCAAGAGAAGAGAAGAAAAAGAUCACCAGGUGUCGCCCGAAAUUCUCUUCUCAUCAGCCGAGAGAUUAACGUGUGUUUGCAGCUUCUUAAUUCUAAUUAAUUAAUCGUCUUAAAUCACCGAAUUAAUUGUUGAAAGUGAACUCACCUUGUUCUCCAGACCAAUCUGGUCACAUUGUCUUUAAAGAAAAAGUGUCACAUUGUUUAUAAAAGUGAUAGUAUUUGUGUCAAUCAACUUAACCAUGUCUCAUGUUAACAAGCUUAGGCUUUUAUUCAAAGAAGUUCUUGAUCAGGUUGCUCCGACCAAAAGAGAUAAAAUAGAGAAAUCAAUUAAUGAACGUUUCGAGAGGAUUAUCUCUUCUAUGGCACCCACAUCGCAUCCCAAUAAUGUGGACUCAUCGGUCAUUGAAAAAUUGACUGUCUCUGAGUGGACUUCAUAUAGUAUUGUAGGAGUAUUUUUGUUAUUUUUCUCUAUCAUCGCCGCCUUUUACCUUCACAGUCGAAUGCGGUUCAAUAUCGCUCAGGAUCUUGGUCCCGUAAGCGUUUCCAACCUUGGUGUCAACUUAAAUGAGCUCACCCUUCCUGUUUGUGAUUUAGAAGAGAAACAAUUUUGUACAAAAAAUGAGAAUCGGAUAAAACCUUCUCUCCUAGUAUUUCGGUACAUUCUUAACCACAUUGAGGAAGGAUUAUUGGAUUACUAUUGUUCUAAAGAAUCUAAACGUUCGGAUGCCCGUACUUAUUCAGUUAACGAUAUUUUCAAAUCUCUUCAAGCUAAAAGCACCGAAAUAGAUGAAAAACUUGGUUACCUUUUACCUCAAUCUAACAAUCCGUCUGUUAAUUCAAAAAUGUUAUUCGCUGAUUACUUUUCGGAGGCCAUUAGUUUCAUCUCUAACUAUAAUCUUCAUUUGAAAGUUCAUUCAAAAAAUGGAGAACAAUUUAUCACUGUUGAUAAAACUUAUCCAAUAAGUCUAUCAAUGGGCUGUAAAGUCCGUUCUUUCCUAUGGAGAUUUGGAAAAUAUACCUCAGCAGUACUAAUAAUCAUUUCAAUUAUUUUCUCAAUCAUCCAAUACAUAAGUCACAAGAAAAGGAUUCAAAAUGAAGAUGAAGCUGCCGUUCAAGAUUUAGUUAAAAAAUCAAUUGAUCUUCUACAAUCUCCCGAUGAGCCUCGUUCAAUGCCAGUAAUUAACAUACGAGAUACCCUUUUAACACCACAACAACGAAAGGAAUCCCGAUGGAAAAAGAUCUGGUCCAAAGUGGUUGAACUUAUCGAGAAUAACGAUUAUCAUAUUAAUUCAGCAAUAGAGGAAAGAGAUGGUGAAGAAUUUAAAACAUGGAAAUGGUGUGGAAGCUCAUCAACCAAAGAUCGACUAAAUGAAUUUCGUAUAGAUGCAACAACAAUGAGAACGGGAACAAUUGAAUGGCAAGGAUCAGCAUUUGAUUCUACAUCGGAUCCACUGGGAGUAGGAAUAAACAAUCAAAUCAUCAGUCCAACCAAUGGAUCAAUUAAUUCAGUUCCAAAAGCAUUAACAGAAUUUCUUAAACUACGAAAUAUCCCAAAUAAAAAUGGCUCAUCAAGCUGGAAGACACAACUAAGAAACGCCAUCAUAGAGAAAUGUACAGCACACUCACCCUCUAAGUACCAUGGAAUACUUCACAUUGACUUCGGUAGUGCUGAUAAGAAGGAGCUUUUUAUUUAUCUCAAGUGUGAUUCAAUUGAAUCAGCAACCAACAGUUUUGCUGCUCUUCAUGGUUGGUGGUGUGAACGUCGUCUUGUUUCAGUUAAAUUUCUCAAAGCUGAUCGUUAUUAUGAAAAAUUUCCCAAGGCAGCCAAAGCAUCAACUCCACUAAAGAUACUUAAUAUUGAUUCAUAAACUAUAACAUUAACUAAUUGGUUCAAUUUUACAGUUUUAUGAAUAGGCCACUAAACAAAAGAACUGAAUAAGCUGCUUGGUAAAUUGUUGAUUCAAAAAAUUUACAAAAUCAAAUAUACAUUCUCCAUGUAUAUUUGAAUACAAACUUUCCCAUCUCAAUGCAACAAUCAUAACAACUAAUUUAGGUGCGACAAUUAAAAACAAAGCAACUAUUUAAACACAUAUAAUGUAUACACAACAUACAAAUAUAUAAGAAAAACAUGAGACAGAAAAUAUUGUGUAUAACAUAAUCAAAUUUUACGACUCUCUCUCUCUCUCUCUCUCUCUAAUCAUUUUAAUUAAUCAUCUCGCUUACAAACAAAAUACCUCAAUUUAUGUAUAAGAAAUUAACACUUACGAUCAGGAACACAGAUCGAGUAAAUUUAUUUCUAAUACUAAUCAACUCACUAAUUAUCGGAAAACAAAUUGUCUCUCUUUUGUUUUCCAUUACAUUAUCAUCUCAAACGGUGACACCGAAAAUCAUCUUUGAUCAUGACAAUUAAAAGUUGAAAAAAAAAGUCGAAA